AUGGAGCUCGCGAGCAUUGCGCUGCGCAACGCUCCCUCCGACCGGAGCCUCGAAGAUCGACUGAAGGUGCUGACUUCUUCCAUUGCUCAGGCUGGUCGGGCGCAGCAGUGGAGGAAAGCCGUGGCAUUGCUGGAUGAAGCGAGCUGCCGGCGCUUGCCGUUGAACAUCAUCGUCGCCAAUGCAGCCAUGGCGGCCUGUGAGAAGGCCAAGCAGUGGCAAGCAGUGCUGGCACUGCUCAGCUCCCGAGAGUCCGACAUAGUUGGCUGGAACUCUGCACUGUCGGCCUGCGAGAAGGGAGGAGCAUGGCCAGUCGCUCUCAGCCUCUACGACGAGAUUCUGCAGAGGCGCCUUCAGCCCGAUGGUAUGACCUUCGGCCUGCUUGUCCGCUUGGCGCAGGCGGCCGGGGGCUGGCUCGCCGCGCUCGGAGCUCUCUCGACCAUGCGCACCGCUGGCUUCCGCCCGAAUGUGAUGAACUACGCCGUGGUCUUGCGAGCGUGCAAGGAUGCUGCCUCGUGGCGGGUUGCCCUGGCCCUCGUUUCCACCAUGCUCGGAGAAGGUGUCCGCCCGGAUGUCCUUGCCGUGAAUGCGGCCAUCGGGGCUUGCGCAGAGACGGGAAGCUGGGAAGUGGCCGUUGGACUCUUCGAGUUGAUGCAGAAGGAAGCCUUGGCCCCGUCGACUGCAUCAGCCAACGUCUUGAUGAAGAUUUGCGGUCGGGGCGGCGCUUGGCACGUCGUGUUGUUGGUGAUGGAAGCGCUGAGGGCUGGCUUGGGCCAGGGCCGGGACGCUGUAUCAUACGGUACGGCGCUGACAGCAUAUGGGAGAGCUCGCAGGAGCGACCAAAUUUCGAGUCUGCUCCAAGAAGUUGAGCAGAAGGAAAUCCCACUGACAGAGGUCUCCUUCACUGCGGCCCUGACGGUUGCCUCGUGGACACAGGUGGUGCAGCUGUUGGCUUGCAUGGCCAGGCAAGGUCUGCGGCCUGGCCUAUCGCAUUUGACUUCGGCUAUGUUCUCUUGCACUGCAGACGGGGCGUGGCAUCGGGCACUUCAGCUGCACGAGAAGGCAGAUCUGCCGUUUGUGAACGACAAUGCCAUUGCUGUCACUGCCCUUCUGCAAGCCUCCCGCUACGGUCGACCAUGGGCCGCCACCCUCUCUCUCCUUCAAGACCCGGGGCUCCGCCACAGUGCCCUAAUCAUCACGGAAGCGGGACGCGCUUUCGACUCGCAUUCUUGGCCGCUCUCCAUCGCCUUGCUCUCUGCGGCGCAAGCGCAGGGAAUUGAAGCAACCGAGGCCGUCCGUGCCAUCGCGGCGCGUGCUCUCAAUUGUGCAGGACGGUGGCAGCAGAGCUUGGGCUUUGCUGCGGCCGCCGGCUCCUGGUACCAGUCCGUUGCGCUCCUGGCAGCUGCCGCCCUGCGCCGUGUUUCCCCUGAGGGUUGCGCUCGGGCGUGGGAGAAGCCCUCUCCGUGGCGACAAACUCUGCAGUACCUUGUACAGCUAGAGAAGGAGAGCCCAUCAGAAGCCUCGGACACCGGUCAGCGCUGCGUGGCAGCCUUCUCUCGAGCCGGAGACUACGAGGCACUGCGGAAGGUCUUCGAGCAGCUCCGUGCCCUCGGACUAGAGCCAGAUGCCAUUCCAGCAUUCGCGGCAUUGAGCACCUUGGCUCAAACCGGUGCCUGGCGCGAUGCCGCUGCUUUGCUACGGGCGCUGCGGGACGUGCAGGUGGAAGUACAGCUGGUGGCUCACCAUCGCUUGCUAGGGGCUAUGCACAGCGCGGGCCAGUGGCAGGGGGUGGUGACAUGCCUGGAUGGCAUCAAGCGGAGCAGCUACCGCCCGGACAUCUUCAGCUUUGGCCUGGCAUUAGCAGCCAGGGAUCCUGGCAACUUCUCUUGGAGAGGUGCAGUAGCUGUCCUCGACAAGCUACAGGACGAGAGCCUGGAGGCCAGCCGCGUCGCUCUGGGUGCAGCCUCGCAGCGAGCAGAGCGUGCCCAUCACUGGAGCCUGGCCCUGCACUUCUGUGCUGGCGUGCAGUUUCAAAGCCUUGCCAGCACCCGAGGCUUCAGUUCUGCUAUCAGCGCCUGCGAAAACCUUAGUCAGUGGCGACAAGUGUCCAUGCUUCUCCGGCACAUGAGCGGUACACAGCUGCGCCGGGAUGCAGUGCUUUGCAACGCAGCGGCCGCUGCAUCCUCGGGCGCUGGUCGUUGGGCCGAGGCACUGGACUUGCUGAGCUCCGGCGUGCUGCGAGACAAGACCGCCUGCGGGACGGGCUUGUCUGCCUGCGGCCGCACGAGAGCCUGGCAAACGUCUUUGCGGUUAAUGACUUUGGCCACACAAAACCAGGUGCAAGUCGACAUGCCCAGCCGCGAUGUUGUAGUUUCCUGCUGUGAGCAUGCCUUGCACACCAUCGGAGUUGUUGGCUUGUUAGAGAGAUGCAACGAUGCACGUCCGCUUCGGUGCGUGGAUGUGCGCGGAGCUGUCGUCGAAGAGAAAAGGGCGUUGCAGCUCCUGCGCGCCCUGGCAAAGAGCGACACAGACCUGCUGGGUGGGAAGCAGGGCAUUUCUGCUGCGGUGGCAGCAGCUUUUGCAGCGGCCAAGGAUGCAGCACCGGCCGUAGACGACCUUGACGAGGUGAGUAGCACUGCGCAGUCUGGGCGCGAAUGCUUGCGAGUGCUCGCUCGCAGAGCGCCGGAAGAGGCUGUUCCUGCCAUCCUUGAGGCUGCACAGAAAGCUGCCCAGUCGGCAGAUGCCUUGGACCGAGCUGCAGCCGUACAUGCGGUGGCCUUCGCGCUCUCGGGAGCUCAGGAGGCUCCAGCUGGCUGGGCGACACCGCUGGCUCGCUCCCUGGGCGAUGCGGCAGUCUGGGUGCGCCAGGCCGCAUGCGAGGGUGCCGUGAUGCUGGCGGAAGAGCUGAAACCUUCUGCAUUUGCGACAGAAGGAUUCCUUCUUCUGCUGCAAGCCCUGGGCGCGCUGUUUCCUCGAGAGCCGCAGCCGGAUCUGUUGGAGAAGGCAGCGCUCGCUGUCGCGGCGCUCGCACAGGAGCUGUCCAGCGACGAGGCAGCGUCCAUUCUCUCGUCGGUUGCUCCGGCUCUUUUUGAGGCGCUGACCAAAGUGUCGCGCAGCACGUUGACCGCUGCUGCAAGCGCAGCAGCCGCCACCGAUGUUGGCAGCCGCCAGGAGGCUACGGAUGCAGCCACGGCCUCUGCAGCCGCGGCUGCUGCCACGGCACGUGCAGUGCGUGCUUUGGCUGCCACGACGGCAGAUAUGUUUGGUCCCUUCGCCCCAGAGGCUGCCAAGAGUUUGGUGUCCAUCCUUCGCUUGGCAAAUGCCUCGGCUGGAGCUGGAGGCGCUCCUGGCAGCGCGCCAUCGCCCUUGCUCACCCCAGCAGUGUUGGCAGCCUGCCUGGAUGCCGCAGGUGCUGUUAUCGCUUCGGCUUGGGCAGACCCAAGCUUUCAAGCAGAAAAGGAGGAACUGGCAUCCACAGCUCGCAGCGUUCUCCUGAAUGCGAGAGCACCGAGCGAGGCCAAAGCAGCCUCUCACAGCUUCUAUUCGCAGAUGGCACUGGCAAGGUUCGAGGAGUUCGCGCCAACAUUGGAGACAGUCCUGCCCUUCGCUUUGGACGCCCUCAGGGUGGCAGAAAGCGGGGAGGUGGUGAAGCACGGACGGCGGCGAGCCGUCCGCACGGGAAGCCAUGAGGAAAGGUUGGCUGCAACUGAAGCUGUCGGCACCUACGUUGCGGCCGUGGGAGCGAGGUUUGCACCUCACCUGCCCAGUGUGCUGCCAACUCUGUGCGCACAGGCCAAGCACGCUGACCCCGGUGUUCGGGCAGAAACCGCAAACUCCUUGGCCAAGAUGGGCAAAGUCCUCGGCGAUUUGGCCGGAGGCCUCCCAGAAGGCCAUGCCGACCGCCCCGCGGCCUCGAGCCUCGCUGAGGCGGUGGCACGAGGACUUUGUGACAUCCUCCAGGAGGCCGGCUCCUCACCAGUGCGCUGCGCGCUGCAGGGCAAGGAGGCCUAUCCCCCCAUCAGCGCGGCUGCCGAAAGUGGCAUCACAGAGGACCUCGAGUCAAAUCCUGGCUUCGUGUCUUUGGCAGGCCCAGCUUUUGCCGCCUUAGCAGCGGCAGCUGGUACUCGACGCUCCGAGGAUGUGGAAGACUCCGAUGCGGAUGGCAUCGAAGCAGACGACGAGGACGAUUGGUAA